CACCACAUGGUUUCAAACGACCAGCCAGAUCAAUCGGUCCAUCGGCACCUGCAUUCGAAACGUGCCCACGGUGAACCAAAGUCGCAAGCGGAGAUCGUGCAAAGCAGACGAGGACCACAAGAGAGUGCAUUCUGUGCGCUGCGCCUGCUGUAAAUGAGUACUAAAAACACUGCUUGUGAUCGCGAUCACCCUUCUGAUAGGACAUUAUCUUUAUCAUCAUCGCCACGAAACGGGGAAGUCAACAACAGCAACAUCAGUGGCAACAAGGCAUCUCCAUCGCCAUCUCCAUCACCAUCGCCAUCACCGUCGUCUCGUAAGCGUCCCCGUGAAAUUUCACCAAGGCAUCAAAGCACCAUCGAARCCAAUACGACACCUUCCCAAGACGCCACCAUGUCCGAGGGGAACACRAAUGGUGACAAUUUCGUCGUUCGUGGAUUGAGGCUAGAGGCCAUCUUCCAUCCAAAGUUCGACAACGAACGWAAGAACAGCAACCUCAAGAACAACAAAGCGAACACGAGCAAGGGAGGCGGCAUGUCCAGCAACAUUCGAAGUGCCAUGCUGGAAAAGCUCGGUGAAACAGAAACAAGGAGUGCUUCGCCUUUGAACGAUACGAGUACUGCGUCUUCUCCCAAAACGAAACCCACCRCCGCAGCGGGCAGGGGUCAUCUAGAGGUUUCUCUGAAGCACUCGGGAUCCCUGGUGCUGUGGAGUGGUUCCACCAGGUACUACUCCAAGAACAGUGCCUGCAACGAAUUCACCCGCACUGCCGAGGUUUUGCUGAGGCAGCGAUUCGAAACGGUCCGGGGGGCACUCGCAAACCACAACAGCGGCGACACCAACACCACGCCGGCCCGCCCGUUUCGCUCCUACGAGGAAUGCUCUUUCUUUGUUUCCCAAAACCGGUAUACCGUGGCAUUUGAGGUUUGCACAGCGGAGAUGCUUGGCGACCACGGACARAUCCCAAACCUGGAUUACGUGGUGGUCACGGCGGUGGCCGAUCGGGGAAGGGAACGAUUCUUGUCCACCACGGAGGUUCUGGAAUUCUGCCACGACUUCCGAUUGCCACACAACGACGUCUGGACGUUUUUCCCGGGAGACUCCAAAAGCCACAGCAGCAGUACCGGGAGUGCCACGCGCCUGUUUGAUCUGUACGACAAAUCCCUGCGCGAGACCGGGGACACGGAGCAAACGGUCCGGAAACUCACAGAGAUCGCCGAUGUUUACGUUCCGAGCCCGGUUCCGCAUUCGAUCUACCAGGGAAGUGUGUGCGAGGGAUUCAUCGUCCGCUACGUCGAUAGCCACCACGAGGCCGAGCGAGAAAAGGUCGAGCGACUGGCGCGGGUUUCCUCCGAAAUACUGGGAGAAGUCCCACCGAGCAGAGCCUCCUCUCCGCCAGCCUCUAAAUCGGCCGACAAGAUCUCCAACACAAGCAUCGAUUCUGAUCCCGUGUUGACCACAGAUCUUCGGGCGUUGUAUCGGUCGAUAUCCGUGCCCAGCAACGAUGGAACCAGCGAUGACGCUUCGAACAGUGGCGGGAACAAAGCCCAAGAAAAGGAUGGAAAAUUUGCGUCGGCAAUUGCUCCCGGACGGAAACGAGCCGCCUUGUUUUCGGAACGCCUCGGGGAGCUUUUAUCGGGGACUUGUUGCAGCGUCGGGAGCGAAGGCGAUGCAGUUCGAGAAAAAGACGAUUGCCAACAGGCCAAACGCAGGAAACGAAUCCAUCACCGGUUCGACCUGAAAAAACUCGAAGCCCAAAACGAUGAUUGCGGGGGUUUCACCGAUUGGAAAAACCACCAUUUGCCGGCACUAGCGAAAGACUUGAUUCAUUCCAAGGACAGAGAAACCAGAAGGAUUGCUGCGUUGCUGCAAACCCUGGACGACCUCAAGGGCGGGGCCAUCAACUACACGUGGAUGGAAAAAUACGAGGAAAAGCAAAAAGGCAAUGAACCCGGUUGUGAUCACACGCAAACGAUGGAUCGAGAUCUACGCAGGCGAUUGUAUUGCACCAUUCACGUUCGCAACGAUUCAACGUUUUUCAAGUUCCAAAACGUCCAGCGCCCGUCGGACAUGACUCUCUUCCGGGGAUUUUGUGUCGAGGUACUGCUUUCACCGCCAGAGGAAAUCCAGUCCGACACUGACAAAGACGCCAGUGCCGACAUGACAAUCGAACCAGCGCCUGUGUCGACCGGACCUCCACUCAUGCUGAAAAUGAAACUCCUGCCGUACAUGGUACGGACCUUUGUGUGCCGGAAUCUCCUGGGGACCAUCGAGAAAAAAGGGGCCGAGGAAUUCGAACGUGUGGCCAGAGGAUUGCUCGAAAAAUGGAAGAUAUCUCCGGAAGCACAGGAGCGAUGGAUGGCCUUCUUUUGUGGAUGGGCGGCGUACGUGCUAAAAGUGAAGAACUCACAAGAUCAAAGGGCGCGUGAAGGAGAUUCGAACGGUCUUACCAAAGAUACCGGUACCAAAAGCCAGCCCAACGCUAUCGAUGAGAAAUCGUUUGAGCUGGGACCCUUAACAAACUUUUCCUAUCUGAGACACCUCGAAUAUUAUACCAAGCUCUACGAUGCUGGAACAUUCAAAGCGAUGGCUUCCGCUUCUCCCCUGAGCUCCCCAGAAUCUUAUGUGUUCGUUUGUGUUGUAUCCCAGUCGACAGAGGUGUCCCGUGCCUUGGCCGAUCAUUUGGCCCGCCAUUUCAGCGAAACCGAAGCGACCGACCAAGAAAGCAACAGCGGAACCGGAACGAUGCCGAUCUUUGCGCUGGGAGAAGCCGCCAAAAACCGUCGCUGCAAAUCGUGCAUAGCGUAUGCCAAUGUUUGUGACCAGACCAAGGGGAUUAAAAAGUUUCUGUUCGACAAGAAGAUGGCAAAAAAUUUGGUUCUGAUCCUGCUGGGAUCCGGCAAGGAAGAUAUUCUGGCGAUGGCAAGAUCGCCCACCGAUGCUCGCCCGUCGUCCUGGCUAGACAUUGAAACCACGGGCGAGGGGAAGAAACUCACACACAUGUGGAAAACAUGGAAAAAGUACCCCUGCGCCGAACGUAUAGCAUUGGCGUCGUCCGUUGUGGUGCUCGAACCAAAAAAGGAAGAUUCUACCGUCGCCGUGCUUACCGAACUGGCUGGUGCGAGUGAAGUUGUAAASUCCGUUCGAGCCGUGGGUCGCUCASUGAUGGAACAAGCGGCCAAGCAACAAUCCGAUCCUCGCCUCGGUGGUAUAUUGGUAUUMUUCCCUGGCAUUCCUGGCUGUGGAAAGUCGAGUCUACUGGCAACACUGGAAACCAGACUGGAGCAAGAACUUUCGUCUCGCAAGUCGGAGAACGGCGAUGCAUACGACAGAAGCGUUCGUAUACGAGAGGGGGACAAGAUGGGAAAGAAAUUUUGGGACGCAAUCGAAGACCUGUUGUCGGACGACGACGGGGACCACCCAUCCCCCCCGCUCGUCUUGGCGGACAAAAACACACCGCCGGCAUCCUGGCCGAAACUCGGUCAGAUAUGCAGCGAUUCCAACGGCGUUCUGCUUCCAGUACUGCCGGACAAAACGGUCCUGGAAACUACCACUAUCAAGGGCUCGAUCCAGCCGAGUGGAGACCUUCUUCCGAGUGCAUCUCACUUCUAUCCCUUUUCACUGGACUACCUAGCCGUAUCGAUGUCACGGGUUCUAGAUCGACCCCCGGGGGAACACGCGGGAAAGCUAGACAGCGGCUUUCCCAUGGCGUGCAUGAUUGUCGCCCAGUUUUACUCUUUCUAUCGCUACGUUGCUGCCGAUGCAUUCAUGGAGAAACUAGAAGAGAAGCUAGGGAACGACAGCGAAUCAAAGAUAAAGACAAUGAACCCCAUCGAGCUGCCCUUCUUCAAAGGACCUGAUGAAUCCAAGGUCAUCCCGGAUGAUUUAAAGAAGCUACUCGUGGAGGCACUUCAGCUGCGACACGGUCACGACAAAGCGAAGAAAUUCAAGGUGAAAAAGGAUGAUCCACAGAUGAUCGACCUAGAAGGAAGGCUGCGCUCAAGCUUCGAGAUGCACAAAGAGACAUUAUCAGCAAUGUCGGUGGGUUUGGAUGUUGCCAAGGAAGCUUUUGUGCACCAGCUUAUAGAUAGAAUAAAGAGCAACUCGGACACCCAAACCACCGGUGGUCCAGCGGACGAUACCGAUGCAAAGCAUACCGUCGCAAAUGACCAAGGCAGCGACAACGCCACCGAAAGCAGCAUCAAAUUGGUGUCCCUCGACAUCGACAGGGCCAAAAUCCACGAGCUUCUCUACAMGCACGAAGAAUCCGGGGCCCUUGCCGGUUUUUUCGAACAAACGAAACGGCCACAAACAGAUGCGCAAGAAGCAGCAUCGGCAUCUUACAUAAAACAAGAUGGCUUGGACAACAACARYAGCAUCAAAAGCAGAAGCAGCAGCGAACGGUACCCUUCCCCCUGUUUCACAGAAAAGACCCACRUCACCAUGUCGUUUGCCGGUGAGAGCCAUUCGGGCGAGCAGCUUGUAGAAAGAUUUCAUCACCUACAAGGCACAGAGGUUUCUGUUUCGAUCACCGGGUUUCUAUGGAGCUUGGAAAACGCUGCAUUCUCCGUUAAGGUAUCGCCCGUUUCGGAUGGCUCCCCAUCGCUGCCAGUUCCACCGUGCGCCAACGCCUUUCCCCACCUUACGGUGUGGUGUGCCCCAGACGUGAAGGCCUCUCUGUCGAACAAUUUGCCCGCCCUCGUGGAAUCGGGGGCGGCCCACCGCAUAGACUUCUCUGGGGAGGCAGAAGUCCUGGUCGGCAGGAUAUCGUUCUGGAACCAUGCCAACGAACCCAUUCGGGUCUAGCAAGGGAAAUGAUGGUAACGAUAUUGUAUACUGUACUACACCAAUGGGAUCUGCAUUUUCGAGCACUGCUGUGUGUAAGUCUCGUACAGUACAAUGGAAAACAAAAUAGAGAUAUACUUCGUAU